CACACUUUUCAUGCAUUCGGGAUCGGGUUUGACUUUACCGAUGCUUCAGUGUGAGGAGAUCUGAAGCGCGCAAUUGGAGGCGCGCAUUUGGAGACGCGCAGAAGCUGUGCACAUUGUGGAUAGGAGUCCAUAGGAGACAUGGCUUUCUCACGAUCUCUGCCAAACAAGAGGAAUUACACCGAAUGCAUGUAUUGUGUGCUGUUUUUAUGCUUCAUCAAGCUCGGGUGCCACCAGAGUACUCACUGCGCAUCUGCCGCUGCUCAUCACGUGAAGCACAGAGAUCUGCUGGAAACACUGCGGUUACCUCACGACACAGAAUAUGAGCUGGUGUCCCCGUAUGAGGUGGAUCCUGAGGGCCGGUAUAUCUCCCACGCCGUGUCUCAUCAGCAGCGCAGUAAACGCUCCACAGACGCCUCCACUGUGCACUUCAGACUGCAGGGAUUGGGACGGGACUUCCAGCUGGACCUGCGGCCGUCCUGGGGCUUGAUCGCGGACGGGUUCAGUGUGCAGACGCUGGGCAGGAACGGGACCCGGAGCCUGCAGACGCUGGAUGGAGAGACGAUGUGUUUCUAUCAGGGGGAGCUGAGGAUGCAGGAACACUCCUCUGUGGCUCUGUCCACAUGCGCAGGGAUGUCAGGUUUGAUCAGGACUCGGGAUGCAGAUUACUUUCUGAAGCCGCUGCAUCCACAUCAGGCGCUAUUGGAGAACUUUUCAGCUCCGUCACCGGACCACCAGCCCCACAUUCUCUACAAGAGACCCGCACCGACAAACGCACACAGAACCCGGAGAUCAUCUGAACCAAAGCCUGGAGAUUCUGCAGUCCUGUAUGGAUGGAGAACCAGCAGACGAGAUGAGAAAAACACACACACGCAGAUCAGUCCAGAGGAGAUGCAGAAAACAGCACACAAAGAUAACACACGCCGGAGACAGCACUACUGCGGGAGACGCAAGAAAUAUAUGCCCAAGCCUCCUGAGGAAGACAUCUAUAUUUUUCCGGAUGAGUAUAAGUCUGUACCCAGAGGGAAGCGAGAUGUCGUUUUUAACCCUGACACGCAGCCGAGUCUGAAUGUGGAGACGCUGGUGGUGGUCGACCGCAAGAUGAUGGAUAAUCACGGCCAUGAAAAUAUAACCACGUAUGUGCUGACUGUUCUGAACAUGGUCUCGACACUUUUUAAAGAUGGCACAAUUGGAGGCAACAUCAAUGUUGUGAUUGUCGGGCUAAUACUCCUGGAUGAAGACCAGGAUGGCCUAGUGAUAAACCAUCACGCUGACCACACGCUCAACAGUUUCUGUCAAUGGCAGUCGGGUUUAUCGGGUCGAGAAGGACGCCGCCACGAUCACGCCAUCCUGCUGACCGGUCUGGACAUCUGCUCCUGGAAGAAUGAGCCGUGUGACACUCUGGGUUUUGCUCCGAUCAGCGGGAUGUGCAGUAAAUACCGCAGCUGCACCAUCAAUGAGGACACGGGGCUCGGUCUGGCCUUCACCAUCGCCCAUGAAUCUGGACACAACUUUGGAAUGGUCCAUGAUGGCGAAGGCAAUGUGUGUAAGAAAUCAGUGGGAAACAUUAUGUCUCCUACACUGGCCGGACACAAUGGUUUAUUCUCCUGGUCGUCCUGUAGCCGACAAUAUCUCAACCGAUUCCUGAGCUCUGCUCAGGCCACAUGUCUGUCUGAUGAACCUACCGCCAUACAGGAGUAUAAAUACCCAGAGAAGCUGCCCGGAGAGCUGUACGACGCAGACACACAGUGCAAGUGGCAGUUCGGAGAGAAAGCGAAACUCUGCACUCUGGACUUCAAGAAGGACAUCUGUAAAGCGCUGUGGUGCCAUCGGUUCGGGAGAAAAUGUGAGACCAAGUUCAUGCCGGCGGCUGAAGGUUCAGCCUGCGGGCCAGAGAUGUGGUGUCGUGGUGGUCAGUGUGUGAAGCAGGCUGAUGCAAGUCCUAAAGCGGUGGACGGUCAGUGGUCCUCGUGGUCCGGCUGGUCCUCGUGCUCCAGGAGCUGUGAGAGCGGAGUAACCCACAGAGAGAGAGUCUGCAGCAGCCCCAGGCCUGCUCACGGCGGCCGGUUCUGCGAGGGUCCGUCUCGCUCUUAUAAACUCUGCAGCACUGAUGACUGUCCUGCGAACGCUGUGGAUUUCAGAGCUGCUCAGUGUGCCGAGUUCAACAGCAAACCCUUCCGCGGAUGGUACUACAAGUGGAGACCCUACACACGAGUGGACGAUCAGGACGUGUGUAAGCUGUACUGUUUGGCUGAGGGUUAUGACUUCUUCUUCGCUCUCUCCAGUAAAGUCCGUGACGGGACGCUCUGCGCACAAGACAGCAGCGACGUCUGCAUUGACGGCAUUUGUGAGAAAGUGGGUUGUGACAGAGUGUUGGGAUCUAAAGCAGUGCUGGAUAUGUGUGGCGUUUGUAAAGGCGACAACUCCACCUGCAAGAUCUACAAGGGGCAAUACAGCAAACAGCACCACCUGAGCCAGUAUUACCGUGUGGUGACGUUGCCGGCCGGAGCUCGCAGUAUCCGUAUUUCAGAGCUGAACUCCUCCAGCUCUUAUCUGGCCCUCAGGAACCUGCAGAGGAAAUAUUACCUGAACGGCGGCUGGACGGUGGACUGGCCCGGACGGCACUCCAUCGCCGGGGCCGUUUUUGACUAUAAGAGACCCUACAACCGGCCCGAGAGCCUGAGCUCCAGCGGACCCACCAACCAGACCCUCGUCAUCGAGGUUCUCCUGCAGGGCUGGAAUCCAGGAGUGCAGUGGGAAUAUACACUGAACAAAGAGCAGAAACACAACUACAGCUGGGCCGUGGUGCGCUCGCAGUGCUCAUCCAGCUGUGCCGGAGGUCAGAUGGUCAGUAAAUCGGUCUGCUACAGGGAUCUGAGGUUUCAGGUUAACUCCUCAUACUGUAACGCUCGAUCUCGUCCGUCCAGCGGCGUAUUGUCCUGCAACACACAGCCCUGUCCCGCAAGCUGGAGUGUGCAGGACUGGAGCCCCUGCAGCCGCAGUUGUGGAUCUGGACAGCAGGUCCGACGUGUGAUGUGUGUGCAGAAAACCGGCCCGGAUCAGCUGGAGACUGUGGCCGAUGCUCAGUGUCCACAGCCAGCACCGGCACACACACACUCCUGCAACACACACUCCUGCCCACCGGCGUGGAGCGCUGGAGCCUGGACACAGUGUUCUCGUAAGUGUGGUAAGGGUGUGAUGAAGCGUCCGGUGCUGUGUGUGCUCAGUAAUGGAGCUGUUCUGCCGGACUCGUCCUGCGCUGAUCUGCUCAAACCCAGCGUUCAGGAGAUCUGCUUCAUCAAACACUGCAGAAAACAGCGCAAGGCUCAGUGGUUCGUCUCUACAUGGACACCGUGUUCAGUGUCGUGUGGUGAAGGCCUGCAGCAGCGUGUGGUGAAGUGCGCAGAGAAGGAUUACUCUGGAAAAUAUCGAGAGCUGUCACUAAAGAAAUGCCAGCAUGUGUCCAGGCCGUCGGUGGAUCUGCAGAGAGUGUGUGUUCAGGCCGAGUGUCCGGCAGCGGGGACACUCUGGUACUCAUCGCCCUGGUCUCAGUGUACGGUGUCGUGUGGUGGAGGUGUUCAGAUACGCUCAGUGCAGUGUCUCUCGCUGGGAUGUCCUGCCUCUGGAUGUGUCCUGCAGAUGAAGCCGCUCAUGUCUCAGGCCUGCAACACAGCCUUCUGCCCCCAGCCGGCGCACAACGAUGUGGUGUGUAAGGAUCACUUCAGCUGGUGUUAUCUGGUGCCCCAGCAUGGCGUCUGCAACCACAAGUUCUACGGGAAGCAGUGCUGCAAAUCCUGCCAGCAGAGCAAACCCUGAGCAGCUCAGAUGGAGACGCUUGAGCCAGAAAUGAAGACGCAGAUAUGCACAAACUCCCAGACAGAACACACUUUCACCAUGCACAGACUUUCCAUAAAGAGAUGGUGUGUGAACAGACCCCUUUUUAAAAUACUGGUAAAUUCGGAUAUGUUUGUGUGGGACGGCCCUCGAUAGCGGAGAGACUGCAGGAGACGAAGACCACAGAGCAAAAAAGACUCCUUACAUUGUGUUUGCCAGAGCUUCAGACAGCAUCAUCAUCAUCAUC